UAGGUCGUGCCGGAUCUCGAAAUUAAUUAGUUUUUUCACCGUUUUUUGAUGUGAAAAUGGCUGAAAUACUUGCAAAACAUAUUUAUGUAUCAAUUACAAAGCUUUCCCAGUCCAGUUAAAGUGAAAAAUAUGGAAAAAUAACGUAUUUUCUGGAGCAGCCUCAAAUUGUUUGGCAAAAUGCUUCGGUUAGCCGCCGCCAGAUGCGCUAGUGAAAAUCGAAAUUACACUUGCGAGUACGAUCAAUGUAGCCCGGCCUUAAAGAGUCAGCAUUGGAUCGGCCUGCAUGACCAGUAGCAUGGUGUCAAAAAGAGAGGAAGAACAAAAAAUAAAACAGCUGCAAACUGUUAUCUGUCAAGAAGUAUUUUCAACAGUCAAAUCAUCUACAGUUGUAAAACGUCAUAAGAUAAUAAACCAUCUUGUAAGCUGCAUCCACUGUCAUCCCUCAUAAUGAAGCGACAACUGACAAAUCAUAGAAAAAAAAAACAAAUAAAUAAAGCAUUCCAAUUGCUAUGAUUUAACAUUAGCUGUCAAGUGACUAUCACUGUUGUUGUGUUAAAGUGGACAGAAAAAACAUUACAGGGUUUCUCACGAUUUUUUGAUCGUAUCCCAUAGAGUUUUGGUUCGUUCCCAUAAUUUAUUGGUAUUUUCCGAUUGGAUAUCAAUACAAUUGGACCAAAAAAUCAUGGGAACGCACCAAAAAUUGAUGGGAACCAACCAAUAAAUCGUGGCAAACCCUGUAAGAGUCACAACGAGUAACAAAAGCUGUCAAACAGCUGUCCCAGCAGUCAUUGCUCAGCUGUCAAAACAGUAAUAUUACAAAUGGUAAAACGAAGUCUAUAAACAAUUGUCACUGCUGUCAGCUGAUGAACUGUCAAAACACUUAUAGAUAAGCAAGAACAUUUUUUUCUGCCAAGACUGAACUGUCAAAACAGUAAUGGAAGAAAUGGAGAUUUUUAUUCUUUCACAAAGUUGCAUCUGCUGUCAGACGACGAACUGUCAAAAAAGUUAUAGAUGAAGAAGAAAAAAAUCUUAAAAAAAAACUGUCACAGCUGUCAUUGAUGAACUGUCAAGACAGUUGUAGAUGAAGAAGAAAAAAAAAAUAUUUAAAAAAUCUGUCACUACUGUCAGCUGAUGAACUGUCAAAACAGUAAUGGAGGAAAUGGAGAAUUUUUCUUUCUUUCAAAAAGUUGCCACUGCUGUCAGUUGAUGAAUUGUAAAAACAGUUAUAGAUAAGGAAGAACAAAUUAUUUAAAAACGUUGUCACAGCUGUCAUUGAUGAACUGUCAAAACAGUUAUAGAUGUAGAAGAAAAAAACAUAAAAAAAGCUAUCACAGCUGUCAUUGAUGAACUGUCAAAAUAGAAGAAUAGAAUAAGUUAUAGGAAAAGAAGAAGAAAAAGACAUAAAAAAGCUGGCACUGCUGUCAUUGUUGAACUGUCAAAACAGCAACAGAAGAAAUUGGGCAAAAAAAAACUAAAUCUAUAAUAAAAGCUGUCGUUGCUGGUAGCUGAAGAACUGUCAAACAAAUAAUAAAAAAAGCCAUUGAAAGGCGUUUCACGGUGGUCACUUUUAAGUUGCUUAUCCAUAAAAAUAGAGAUGCAUGUUUUUGUUUACCAAAGAUGUCAAAUCGCUGGCAGGAUUAACUAGAGAGCAAGUGAGUCAGUUUGCCCUGAACGGAAACGACCAUGUAUAAACAUGUGUCAAGCGGUAGCACAAAUCUGUCGCCAGUGGAUUAAACUAAAACCAAAUCCCUUUUAAUGGAGAUUCCUCCCCCUCUCCCCUUCCCUGGUAAAGAUGUACCGGUGGUGUUCUUUUUUGGCCCCCUCUGUAUAGAAAGCUUAACAGUAAUCGCACCCAUAAAGUGCUGUAUAGAUUGCCGAGACACUACCGUCACUCCUAUCUCUCUCUCUCUCUCUCUCUCUCUCUCUCUCUCUCUCUCUCUCUCUCUCUCUCUAUGUUCCUCAGUGCAGUAUGUGUGUGUGUGUGUGAAGGAGGGGGUCAUUUUUGUGUGUUGCCUCACAUACCACUGGAGCGGAUAAUUUAUGUCCGAGGGUCUCUGGGUGUGGUACACACACGCGCGCGCGCGCGCCGCUUCACGCUAGCCGAAUGUGAAAGGACCCGCACUUUGGAGCGGCCCGCGGACACAUUCAUUGAACGAGAGGGUGUGCCAGUGUGUGGGUCCGCGGUUCCGGUGUGAGCUACCUGGCGCCAGCGAUUGUUCGGCCGAUUCGCCGGCCCCGUUUUGGCAGGGCACAUUGAACCGCUGGCGUUGGAAAUGCCCCUCGUUUUUUGUGCUGCUUCCAAAGCGCAGGAAAGGGUACGGGUUACAGGGUUACAACAGGGUGCCAGCACGUGAAGUACCGGCAGGCACGCAAUCGCAGGCACACCGAGGAAGGGGCUGCAGGGAACAUGGCUGCCCCCCCCGGUUACUUCCAAUUCCUCGGCUGCGAUGGACGGUGGACGGCUUGCGAACAAGCGAAUUAGAUCCGGACCUCGAGCACCAAGGCCAAUGGUGCUUCUAGUAUGCAUGUGUGCAGCCAGAGUGAGUAAAAAAAGAGAAGCCCAGAGGGGCUAAAUAGAGAGGGGGGAUGGCGGCGCACGGUUGAAUAUUAGCAUAAUGGGCACGGCAGGUGCGGGUCACGCGAACGCGAAUGAUUCAUGUUUGCAAAGUGGAAAUCAACGGUCUGUUGGCGGAGCACGGAGUACGCUGUGAAGGAGGGGCAUUUUUUUUGCACGCAUUUACCUACUGCCUGUCCCAAAAAGUGCUUGCCCUUGAAGGCACACGGUCGCAUCUGCUACUCUCCAAAAUAGCAAAAAAAAAAAAGAGGGAAAACUCCUUCCAAUAGACACACGCGAAAGUUGGAAAGACUCGUUACCAAAUAACAAAAAACGCUCACACACACACACACACACACACACAGAAGCUUGCGAAAGCACAAGCGCCGGUUGGAGGUCUUUCUUCAGGCAGGCACGACUGAGGUCCUGUGGUGCUCUGAAACCAAAAAAAAGCAAAAAAAAAAAAAAACAAGAAACUCUGCUUCCCUCUCGAGUUUGGUAGCAUAAAAACCAAAACCUUUUGUAUCGUCCGUUCAUAUUCCUGCUCGCGUGUGUGUGUGUGUGUUUCACUAGGAUGCUUAUGGGUGGCAAGGAAGUACGAAGGUCGGAAGGUUGCUACUCGUAAUCGAGCAAAACCGUUGCGGUUUUGGGACCCAUUUCCCGCCCGCCCCUUUUCCAUCGUCUGUCGCGUUUCGUUGUUUCCCCUGGUUCCAGGUUUUUAUUUUUCUUGGUACCUUAUUGCUUCUCCAUUUCCCCCUGCUUCCCUCUUUCCUCUCGGGAACGAAAAGGGGUGACCAAGAAGAAAUGCCCUGUGCACAUGUGUGUGUGUGUGUGUGUGGGUGCUAUGCGGGAGCAAUGUUCGGCUGGUUGCGCCCCAUGCAAGUCGAUACUUGAUACACGGCGCGGUUUCGGUUCCGUCGUGCCCGUCGUGCUCAUCGGCUCUCUCUCUCUCUCUCACUCUCUUUCCCUCUUGUUCUCUCUCGCUCUCUUUGUCGUGCGAUCGGGUUUUCCUGCUCGCACACAGCAGGGACAACAAAACCAAACCAAAGUGGGUGGGGCAACCCGAAAGGGGGAAACGGUGGAAGGCCGAGCGCGAGGUUGGUCCCAUUGGCUGGCAAAGCAAAAUUUACACGUGCGUCCUCCUGCAUAACCAACAAUUUCGAGUGCGACUAUGUGUGCCUGUGUGUGUGUGUGGCUGGGGCUUUUGUCCUGCGACAGGAGCGCGUUCUCGCUGCCGGAGAACGGGGACUAGCGUUCCGCUCGCAAGUUAACAGCGUCCAUCAGAACGACGCGGCGGUCGGUUGAGCAUCGAGUCGGCCCCUUCUGGUGCUGGCGAAUGGCGAACUAAAGGCAACCCGGGAGCCAAAGGGACCUCAGUCCAGAACACCUCAACUCCCUCCAUACACCCGCUCUGUCUGUCUCUCUCUUUUCUACUCUUAAUUAUGAAAAAUACAAAAACUCUUUAAAACUCUUGGUAAAUCGGUAAUUUGCAUUGCAUGAACCGUUCUACUUAUGUAAGUCAGUGUAACGCUUUGCUUGAGCUGGGUGUGUGAAAUAAUAUGAAGAAAUAAGUGCAAGUGCCGCAGCGAUUUGUGUUAGUCUGAGUAAGAAUAAGUGUUCAAAAAAAAAAAAGAAGGAGAGAAGAAAAAAACAUUUUCAAGUCCAGCCACAAAAACAAAGAAACAAAACAAAAAAAAAACACUCAACCAAAAGCGAUCAACCGAAAACGCCUGAAAGUAGGCAACGAGCGAACAGUGCCCGGCUUCGAAGCGUUGUGUGCCUUUUUUUCUUCGUUUUGCGGCGAUGGGAGCCGCCAGUACCGGGGCCGAAUCGCUGGAGUGCUGCAAUACCGCACCCCCCGCCGCCAGUGUGCCCCCGCCGGGCAGUGUCGCCGCCACUCCGCCGCUUCCACCGCAGCAGCAGCAGCAGCAGCAAGCGAACCGAGCGGCGGCUGGUACCGUCCAGCAGCCGGCAACGGUGGCCGUACCACCACCGCCAGCGAUGCCAACGACCCUAGCAGGGCCGCCACCGUCCACUGUCACGCCGCCAUCAUCGCAUCAUCACGCACACGGGACGCCCCGGGACGAGCAGCACCGCAAGCAGCAGCAGCAGUACCGCUCCCAGCUUGACAUCGAGAACAACAACAGCCAGCAGAUGCAUCAGCAGCAGCAGCAGCAGCAGCCGCAACCGGCCACAACCGUGCUGCCCACGGUGCAGCAAAAUGGCGGCAGCCACCAUCUGUACGUCAAUCCGGUGCAGGCGAACGGGCUCAACAUCGAGCUGUACCUGCAGCAGGCGUUCCUGGACGAGCACGAGUACUUUAAUCAGCUCAACAACAACAACCACAGCAAUCACAACAACAACAACAGCGUCCACAUCUUCGGCAACCAAACGAAGCUGGCCCCGCUCGCGACCGCCGGCACGGUGUCGCUCUACUCCGAGUACACGGUCGACACGCCGCACACGGUGGACGACUCGAACCUGUCCGGCUCGUGCCAGUGCUUCUUCGCCCGGUACUGCAAGGCGCGGCGCCGCUCGUCGUCCGCCUCCACCGCGACCGCCUGCUGCCAUGGCGGGACCGGCGACGGGGGCAAGGGGCCGUCCGGCAAGGCGGGCAAGCGGGCCCUGGCCCCGGUGAAGGAGCAGGAGCAGCAGCCGAAACCGAAACCACCCGGUCCCGCGGGCGGCGGUGGAGGGGGUGGAGCUGCCGCCAGGAAUCGGGGUGCGGCGGGGCGGGGCGCUGGCGCCACCGAUACGGAUCCGCUGAUGAGGCGGCCGCGCCGCAAGAAGGACGCCAGCGAGCAGGACCUCGCGGCCAAGCUGCAGCAACAACAGCAACAACAACAGCCGAACGCAAACAAUGGCGACACUGGCCGAGGGCAACAACAACAACAGCAGCAGCAGCACCAAUCGAAGUUCCGCUGCUCCGCUGUGCGCCCACGGCUUACCGUGUGUGUGCUGGCGCGCGUAAUAAAAGUGAAAGUCAUUACCUAAAUAAGCUGCCAAAGCUACUAAGUUCGCGAUGUACAAGGCAAAAGGCAACAAAAAAAAAAAAACAAA